AGCCAGCCCUGCCUAUUCCCUUUUCCUCGCCAUAAAAACACCGUGAGGCCCCGUGUCUCCUCAUCCUCCACCUUCACCCUCCCAGUGCCACCCUCCUGUCGUCACCCUCCCGGCAUCACCGUCCCGGUGCAGAGCGGCACGGUGUCAGGAUGGCUGAUCCCAACAGCUGCCUGCGGCAGCCCUGGCUCAUGGUGCAUGGCAUCCCCAUGGUCAAUGCCUUUGCCCACAACUGGGAACGAGUUGACCACUUCCAGAGCCGCCCUGAGGACAUCGUGGUGGUCACCUUCCCCAAAUCAGGUACCACCUGGGUCAGUGAGAUCGUGGACAUGAUCCUGCAAGGCGGUGACCCUGAGAAGUGCAAGCGGGACAUUAUCACCAAAAGGGUGCCCAUGCUGGAGUUCUCUGGCCCUGGGGACAUGCCAGCAGGGACGGACCUGCUGGCCACCAUGCCCUCACCCCGUGUUGUGAAGACCCACCUGCCUGCACAUAUCCUGCCUAAAUCCUUCUGGGAAAACGGCUGCAAGAUGGUCUACGUGGGGCGCAAUGCCAAGGAUGUGGCUGUAUCCUUCUACCAUUUUGACCUGAUGAACAAGUACCAGAAGCAUCCUGGGACGUGGGCCGAGUACCUGGAGGAGUUCAUGGCUGGCAGAGUGGCAUAUGGCUCCUGGUAUGACCACGUAAAGGACUACUGGGAGCGGAGGAAGAAUCACCCCAUCCUCUACCUCUUUUAUGAAGACUUGAAGGAGGACCUCCGUUGGGAGAUUGUCAAAGUGGCCCAGUUCCUGGGGCGGGAGCUGCCAGAGGCGGCGCUGGAUGCCAUCACCCAACACACCUCCUUUGAGGUCAUGCGGGACAACCCCACCACCAACUACAGCAUGGUGCCCUCCCACAUCAUGGACCACAGCAUCUCCCCCUUCAUGCGCAAAGGCACCACUGGAGACUGGAAGAACCACUUCACUGUGGCCCAGAGUGAGCGUUUCGACCAGGACUACGCACAGAAGAUGUCGGGCACCAGCCUGCGCUUCCGCACCCAGAUUUGAGAUGGUGCCGUUGCAUGCCCCCCCAGCCCACCCCCCCAGCCAUGCCCUCUCGCAGCAGCUCCAGCACUGCCCCAGCCUGCCUGCGUCUCACCAGCCUCCCUGUGCCAGAGGGACUUUUGCAAAAAAUAAAAGAGUUUUAUUUCUGCA